AUGGAUGGAAUGAAAGAGUGCGAUGAAAGACAACCACCGAUUGAAAUUGAUAACGUUCAAGAAUUCCUUAUCAAAACCGAUGAGUCGUUCAAGCCUGAGGAAGCUGAUGAUGAAGUUGAGUUUUUACUAAAACCGGAUUUGGUUGAGGAUAUGGCUUCAAUGACGGCCAACAUGGCUUCCUUAGCAACGGAACUGACGGAAGAGGAAAUGCGAGACGUGGAGGAGAUGGGAUUGAAGGAGAACGAGUGCGAAAUCACUCCUUCCAUUAACACAUCGGUCAUUCUCAACGAUGUUGACGAUGUUGAUGUUGAGUUGUCGUUGAGCGAGCAAGGAGAUGCUAUCGAUAAAAAUGUCGGAAUCGAUCGAAUUUGUUCGAAUAUUCGCGACGAUUUAAAGUUUCACAAUUAUGAUGACGACGACGACGAUUUGAGCGAUAUUUUAGUUUUGAAGAAGCCAGAACUUGUCAUUUUGCAGCAGCAGCAGCAACAACCUCAACCUGAUAUCUUGCUGGAAGGCAUCGCAGAAGAAGCGGAAGAGGAUAUUAACAAGGAUAUCGAAGAGGAAUAUGAUUCCGUUGUAAUCAAGGAUGAUGACGAUGAUGACGAAGAAGAGGAAGAUGAUGACGACAAAGAAAAAAUUGUUAACGUUGAUAAUAAUGGCGUUCUAACUAACCGUUACACAGCGGAGAAUACAGAUGAUAACUUGCUUGUGGAUCUAAGUGAAAAGAUUGAGAACGCGAAGAACUUUGAUUACCAUAAUGAACCGUUAAUCGUCGUCGGAAGUGAAGGUGAUGAUGACGAUGAAGUUAUGAACGAAAAUAAUCAACCGGACAAACUAUCAGAAACAAAUAAUUUGCCUCAUGAAGACGAAGAAGAGGAUGAAGAUCAGUCAAACGAAUCAACGCAGCAGCAGCAACCAGUGGACCGACAGGAUGGAAGUCUCCAGAAGGACAGGAGUGACGUACACGAAUACGUCAACAUCGAACAAUUCUCCCCGAAACCAAAGCAAGCGUCAGCUGAAUUUGACAAAAACAACGCCAAAUUAGCCGAGAGAGCCGUAAUAACCGAAGACGAUUUCAUAUUCGAAGAGAGUCCAUCAACAACAACAGCUACGACAUCCAACGAUUCAUUUUAUAUCACCAGCAAUGCUACAGCUAACAACAACAUUGAUAACGACAACAACACAAUGUUUCAUGAUUACGAGAACGUUGAUAAAGCAAUACCGGAGUGUGUGAGAAGUAAUGUUUUACGUAAGAACGCAUCUUCUGAUGUCGUUCCGCAGAAUGUUUGCUCUACGCCUGCUGAUGCUGCCGACGAUGAUGGGGUUGAUAAAGUUGCUGCAACGAAUCUGCCUCCAAUGAACAAUCAUGAAAAUGAUCAGGAUGAUGAAGAUGAUGACAGAAAUGUUGAACAUGACGAGCCUGAGGAAGAAAGAAAUGAUGAAGACGGAAAUAAAAAAGUCGUGGUUAAUGGCAACAUCAAUUUAAUUGCAAGCAACAACAAAGUCAUUGUUAUUAGCAACAUCAGUAAUCCAUACAACGAACAACCGUUUCUUAUUGAUCACAUUAAUGUGCAGGAUUAUGACGUCAGCAAGGAGAAAGAUCAUGUAGUUAGAUGCGACGACGAUGAGAAAGAAGAUGAAGAAGCUGGUGGCUAUGUAGAUUUAAAGGUUGAGCUUGAUGAUGAUGUGAGUGCAUUAGCGUUGAACAAACAAAACAAAGCAUGCAGUGAUAACAUUUCUGAAAAUAAUUUCUUACUUGAACAAACAAAAAACGUCGCAAAGUCAACGGUAGAUUCUUCCAAUUCGAACAACGUUAGCAACCACAUUACAUCCACUGUUGAUUUAAUUCAGAAAUAUGAACAACAACAAUUCAAUUCGAAACAGCAAAUUUUUUCAGUGCAACCCCAGCAACAGCAGCAGCAGAAGACAUUUGAAACUUUGCAUCAUAUCAAUGGAGAAAGUAAAACAUCAAGCCGAAACCAGCAGACAGAAACAAUCGCCUGUCAGACGCCCAACAAUCUGAAAACAUCGACAACCAGUGUUGCUAUUAACACCAUCAAAACUUCGACGACGACAACCUCAACGAACACGAACGUCACAAUCACAACGUCAAAGAUAAACGUGAAAGCAGCUAGAACAGUGCAAACACCCACGACGCCAACAUCGGCAGGCCACAACACGAAGAUCGCUGACAUUCUUCCGGAAGCUGGAUGUGUGAAGGCCCUAGUGGCUCAGUGGAGUCAGAGGUGGAGCAGGAAAGAUGGAGACUGUGAUGAUGAUAGGAAGAUGAAUAGGUCUCGAUCGUGUGGACCACUGCCUCGCAAGGUUCGUCUGCUCUCUCCAGACGGGGGUUUGGAAGAUAGGGAGGAUGAAGAUGGUGAGAAAAAGAGAGAGUGGCAAGUUGUCGGCGAAGAUGGGCAGCAAUAUCGGUCCCAACCGUCUCUCACGAGAACCAUGCUGGUCAAGUUUGAAAGAAUGGAUUUUGACACUGCUGGCAGCUCUGCUGGUCAUAAGGAGGAAGACAAGCCACAAAAAAAGAAAUAUAAAUGGGAAGUAAAAGAGCCAAAGAUACUCUCACGUCCAUCCUUCCUGGCACAUUGAUGAACGAUGGUGAUGAUGAUACGAUGAUGGUGAUGAUGAUGCUACCAUGACGAUGAUGGCGACCCUUAUACGAUGAUGAUGAUAUUGUGAUGAAAAUAUCUUAAAAAAUU